CAAUUAUUAAAUAUUAUGGGCAAGGGCAACAUCAAGUUGACGAGAAUAAGAUAUGGAGUAUGAACUUCCCCUUGCUAUAAACAGUCAUGUACUAUCUCUCCAUUCAUCUCUCCCACCUCACAAUUGGCCACGGAAGAAUCCUACCAAUAGAAGUUUUUGAAAAAAGUUGCCAAUAAAUAACUUUUUCUCUCUUAAACUACUAUUUUUUCAUGCCGUUCAUUAAUGGAUCUUUUCUUUUCUGGAAAAUUGUCCCAUCAAAGUUUACGCUUUAAUUAAGUAUUCCAUUUUCAUUAUUCUUUGACCAUGAUAUCAUAAUCUUUCUUUAUGCUGAUAUUGCUAUAUUUGAUCCCCCACUUACCUAUGCACUUUGUUUCGUUCUGUGGCAAUUUUCCCAGCUCCCCUUUCUGUUUCAAGUUUCUGUUUUCUGUAGUAUACUUGAUAAUCAGUUGGGUUUUUAUUGUUUCCAUUACUCGUUGAAUUUUUUUUAUUCACUUUAACCGCCUUAUUGUAAAGUCGACUUUUUUCGAAAAUCAACCUGGUACGGUCCAUAUAUAACAACCCUAUUGCAAACUCUCAUUGCGCUUCUUUCGGUUCAGUGAACAGCUGAAUCCUGUGUUUCAAGUAUUGUUUCGAGAGCCAGUUUGUUGAUAUAUAUAUAGCAGUUGGAAGUUUUAGGAUCAAUAUAUUCAGAAUGUGGGGAAGCUAUUAUAAUUCAUGGGUAUUACUAUUACUUUUAUGGUUCAAUAUAGCUGCUGCUGCUGGAGUGCAUCAAAAUCAUGCAUUUAUCCCAAAGCAACAUCGAAUAUUAGUGGAUACAGAUGUUGAUACAGAUGAUUUCUUUGGUCUGCUUUACCUCUUGAAGCUCAAUAGAUCAGAGUUUGACUUGAAGGCAGUGACAAUUAACACAAAUGCAUGGACGAAUGCUGGCCAUGCUGUUAAUCAAAUGUAUGACAUGCUUUUCAUGAUGGGCCGUGAUGACAUUCCUGUGGGAGUCGGAGGUGAAGGUGGAAUUUCGCAAGAUGGUGAUAUAUCCCCUGAUGUUGGUGGAUAUCUUCCUAUCAUUGAACAAGGCAUGACAACAACAGGAUACUGCCGAUAUAGGCAAGCCAUUCCCCUCGGUCAAGGAGGGCGACUAGAUAUAGACACGAAUUAUGGCCUUCGAAAGGAUUUUCUUCCCCAGGGAAAGAGGAGAUAUUUGCCUCUUCUUCAACCUACAUCACAGCAAGUUCUGAUCGAUGUCAUAUCAAAAGGUCCAACAACAGUAUUUUUGAUAGGAGCACACACAAAUUUUGCCCUGUUCCUAAUGCGUAAUCCCCUACUAAAGAAAAAUGUGGAACAUAUCUAUAUAAUGGGUGGUGGUGUAAGAUCAAAAAAUCCAACAGGUUGCUGCCCCAAAAACGCUACAGCUUUGUGUAAGCCUGAGCAGUGUGGAGACCAUGGUAAUUUGUUCACUGAUUAUACAAGUAAUCCUUAUGCAGAGUUUAACAUAUUUGGAGAUCCGUUUUCUGCAUAUCAGGUGAUACAUUCAGGGAUCCCAACCACUCUUGUUCCCUUAGAUGCAACAAACACGAUUCCCAUAACAAAACAAUUCUUUGAGAUCUUUGAGAAGAAUCAGAAAACAUAUGAGGCUCAAUACAUCUUCAAGUCCUUAAAAUUGGCCCGUGAUACUUGGUUUAAUGACCAAUUUUAUUCUAGCUAUUUUAUGUGGGACUCUUUCAUGGCUGGUGUAGCAGUCUCAAUCAUGAGUAAUCUACACAACCCUAGUGGGGAAAAUGAAUUUGCAGAAAUGGAGUACAUGAACAUAACUGUCCGCACUUCAAACAAGCCGUAUGGGAUGUUAGAUGGCUCAAAUCCAUUUUUUGAUGGACGUAAAAGUCCCAAGUUUCACCUAAAUAAAACCGGGGUGCACAGUGGUCAUGUCCAGAAGUCACUCCGUGAUCCUUUUUGUCUUGUUAAGAACCAAAAGGGCAGAUGUAAGGAUGGGUAUACGGAGGAGAUAAGUGGUCCAGAAGGUGUACGAGUUCUUGUUGCUACAAGAGCUAAACCAAAUAAGGAUCCGAAUAGCCCUCUUGAUAGACAAUUUUUCAAAAACUUUUUGGAUGUUUUGAAUCAUCCUCAUCAAUCUGGAAGAUUCAAUUUUACAACACAAUUUUCUCAUUACAAAGAGGUGCUUUACAAGCCAGAUUUUGGGAGUAAAAAACUUGGAAAACCUGUCAUUUUAGACAUGGAUAUGAGCGCAGGAGAUUUCCUUGCUCUGUUCUAUCUACUCAAAGUUCCAGUGGAAGUGAUUAACCUUCAGGCAAUACUUGUAACUCCAACUGGCUGGGCGAAUGCUGCGACUAUUGAUGUUGUAUAUGAUUUAUUGCAUAUGAUGGGCCGAGAUGACAUCCAAGUGGGUCUAGGAGAUGUUUUUGCAAAAAACCAGUCGGAUUCUUUCUUCUCUGCUGUUGGUGAUUGCAAAUAUGUUAAGGCCAUACCUCACGGGAGUGGUGGAUUUUUGGACUCUGACACCCUUUAUGGCCUUGCGAGAGAAUUUCCGCGUAGCCCUAGAAGGUACUCGGCUGAAAAUUCUGUGAAAUUCGGAGCUCCGCGUGAUACUGAUCAUCCCGAGCUACGACAACCUCUAGCACUCGAGAUAUGGUACAAUGUUACAAAGACAAUAAGCCCCUCAACGAAAAUCACCAUAUUAACCAAUGGACCGUUAACCACCUUAUCCAACAUUCUCUCUUCCGAUAAAAAUGCAGUAUCAAAAAUUCAGGAAAUUUUUGUUUUAGGUGGAAACAUAAAUAUUCAUGGUAUGUCAGGGGAAGGAAACCUUUUUACAAUGCCAUCAAAUAAAUAUGCCGAGUUCAAUAUGUUCCUUGACCCUUUGUCUGCAAAGAUGGUGCUUCAAUCAAAACUUCCUAUCAUAUUGAUUCCUUUGGGAGCUCAAAAAAAGGUUCGCUCAUUUCGUUCAAUUCUUGACAAGCUUUCCAGAACUAACAACACCCCAGAACUACGCUUUACAAAUCGCCUCAUCUCCAAAUUGCACAGUUUACACAAAGAACAUGGUCGAUAUCAGCAUGUGGACAUGUUUUUGGGGGAGAUGCUUGGUGCUGUAAUCAUGUCUAACGGUCAUUCAUCUCUAAAUUCGAGCUUUCAAGUUAAGCCUAUCAGAGUCUAUGCAACAGGUAGGGAAGAUACAGAUGGACAAAUGGCAGUGGAUGAACAAAAUGGGUUACCAAUAAAAAUACUCGAAAGUUUUGACGAAACCGCUUAUUAUGAUUUAUUUGCCAAUCGUAUUGGUGAUAAGAAGCAAUCUGCUGUGGUGGGAAGUUUUUCUGAACAGAAAAGAAUGUGGAGUACGUAGACUACAUCAAGAUUGAGUGAAAUAUGAAUAAGAAGAGGAUUUCCCACUUGUUCCGUUUGAUCUAUUUUUUUCAUUCAACAUUUAAAUUUGAAAUCAUUAUAUAAAUGUGAAGCAUAGGACCACAUGAAUGAAAGAUGUAUGAUUUUGUUCAUAUAGAGAAAAAGGAAAGAUGCACCAGCAUACUCAAGCAUGUCUGGUUUUGUUCAUAUA